GCUUUAGUUACUUUUAUUUACCAUGUUUUCUCUUAACAGGCUCACUACAUUAAGGCAACAGCGUUCAAGGGUGCCGGCCGCAGUGAAGAGGCUUUACAAGAGUAUUUCUUCUGUGUGGCUUUGAAAUCUGACUGGAUCACUGUAAAACUGGAGGCUCAGAAGAUCCUGAGUCACAUGUUCUCUUCAGUCUUUGUGAAUGAGGGUCUGGCUAUGUUCCUACAACCCCUGCCAGCGGGCCCAUCCCAUCGUAUCAAACCCUCAUCCCUUCACAGUUCGCUUCACUCCUCUCUUCAAAGAGAUGGAGCCAAAGCAGGCUGCUCCAAGGAACAAACACUCGGUUGCAGUAAUUUCAAAGAUGGGAAAUCUUAUAUUUUGCAAAGAUCUGAAAAUGUAAACUCUGUUGGCCUCUCUUCACUUUUUGUUCCACCCGUCCUAAAAAGGAAAUGGACAGAAAAUGCUAAGGACUUUGAGCCACCCAACAAACAGCUCAAAGAAGACAUGGUGAAUUCAUCCAAAACUCUCCCUACUUUUUCUUGGGAAAGGCAAGUUUCAUCGCAGCUUUUGGACAGUGCAGACUUUGAAUGUUCUCUCUGCAUGAGACUGUUUUAUGAGCCUGUCACCACACCCUGUGGACAUACUUUCUGCCUCAAGUGUUUGGAGCGCUGCUUGGACCACAACCCUAAUUGUCCCCUGUGUAAGGAAAACCUCUCUGAGGAGAGGAACGGAGAGAUCGCUGGAGAUCGUACGGAGAUCACAGGAGCUUGGAGUGAUGAAUGGAGUAAUCGCUGGAGAUCAGGGAUAUCGCUGGAGAUAAUGGAGAGAACGCUGGAUAGCAGGAGAGGAACGGAGAGAUCGCUGGAGAUCGUACGGAGAUCGCAGGAGCUUGGAGUGAUGAAUGGAGUAAUCGCUGGAGAUCAGGGAUAUCGCUGGAGAUAAUGGAGAGAACACUGG